AUGGGACGCGAUUCGGACGUGUGGGGGGCAUUUCUAGUGACCACUUUAGUAGCCUCAGCUCUCGUGAUCCCUAGAAUCGCCCAGAAACGUCCGGAGCACGUCCUUUUCGCGUUCCCAAUGUCCGAGUAAUUUUUCAACUUUCUUAAUCAGUAGAGCGCUUUUCACCGAAACACCAGACGGCGAUCGGACCCUUCUUCAAGAAGGUAUACCCGGGCUUUUUCAAAAAAAUUUCUUAACUGUUUCACUAUCCAAAUUCAUAAUCUACGUAAACAUAACCCAUGUAUCAGAAAUUGAUUCUUUGUGUUUUGAUCAAAUAAGUUCACUCGCAGAUUAGAUUCCAAAAGGAAUUAUGUAUGCACAUGAUUGACCGAAGCCUAUUCGCAGUAGUGACAUUUUUUAGUCUGAAAUUAAAGGAAACGUACAAGUCUAGAAAAUUCAUGUGGUUUUCAACUUUCAGUCGAUCUUCAACGCUUUUGUAUCUUUCGUUAUAACGCAGAUAUGAUUUUUUUUUUCAGUGGCGCCGAUGAAAUACAGUAACUGUUCAACCUUCCUCUCGUUCCGAACUCAAAAGUUAACGAGGUAAGUCGCAAAAGGUAUUUCAAUGAAGUGAUGUUGCCAUAAAGAGUUUCAAUUAAUUUAAUUUCUGUGCGGUGCAAACUGACACUUAAGACAGAAGAAAAGUUAAAUUUGAUGAGAUUAGAAAAUAAUUAAAAAUAAAAUUCGUUUUCAAAAGUAAAGAAGUCGACUUUUCUUUUGUUUUUGAAAAAUUGUUGCAUCGAAAGUUGUAAAAAUUUGCUAAUUUUUUUAAUUAAACUAAUUUUUUUAAUUGAUUCGUCAAAAAAAUUUUUCUUUUUCUGGAAGAAACAAAUAGAGAUAUCAGAAAGAGUUUGAAUUACAUAUAUAUUUUUUGCGUCCAGUUUGAUGAAUGUUUCUCGGCUCAUCAUUUAAACGCUGCUGUUCUAAAAUUUUAGUGCUCUCUGGUUAUACUUACCACUUGGUUAGUUAUCAUUCGAGGUCCUAUUCCCAAGUCUCGUCUACGUAUCUCGUCCAUUGCAUCAUCGAGCGAUGUAGUGAUAAUUUACUUUCUUGAUUUCUAAACGUGAGGGAAAAAUUAUUGAAAAAGGAUAGACUUUUUACGGCAUCGAAAACUCUUACUUCACCAAUAAAGUUCUGAAACGAUGCAAAAAGUAACUUUGGAAAGUUUUAAACAAUUCAUCAAAGGCAGGAUGUCUUUUUUUCGUUUUUUUUGCUAAUUGAUCUAUUUGCUUUAUUAAUAUCAAAAAAACUAGAAAUAGUUCACAUAUGGCGUUUUUUUUCCAAAUUGAUCAAAAAAAUACCUUCUGUCAAUAUUGACUUGAUUGGAUUCUCCGACCUUCAUAAAAUCGAUUAACAAAAAGGUAAAAAAUUUGAAAAUGAGCUCCAAAAAUAAUCCGCAUACCAGUGGAAUGUUUUAUGGCACACAGCCUCUGGCAAAGGCUCUGAUCCGGUGGCCGGUUUUCCUUUUGAAUAUAGUAACAGAGAGGAAUCAUUGGUAGAGCUGUGAGAUGGCGUUGGCCUGAAUUUAUUAGUCAGCCUUGUUGAAUUUUCAAGAUGCUCGAACGGUUACUAUUUUUUUUUUCAACUUCAAAAACGAGCUACCCAAUCAAAGGUUACCUGAAAAGUUGUUCUGAGAUAUAACAGUCCAUACUUUUUGUAUCGGAAGACGUUGACCAAGUUCUCUGCGCGUCCGCUGUCUUUCAACGAUGCUAAUUCCUAUAAACUAACAAGUGUUUAUCCAGAAAAUUCGACGAGUCAUUCAGGGCUACUGCCAAGUCGAGAUUGCCACUUGAAGUACUCAAAGUGUUCAAAAAACAUCGUUUGGAAAUAUACAAUACUCAUUCAAGCCCCUUUUCGGUCGGUUGUUUUUUGGCAUCGACUUGAAUUGUUUUUGGUUUGUCAGAAAUUGUUUCCAAAACUUUUUGAAACGGCGUUCAAGAUCGAUCGGAGACUGUGUCUGCUCCGAAAUGGGCUGUUUUUCUUUUCUCUCAAUUCCUUGGAAAUUCAUCCUUCAAUCAAAGUUUCGAGCGGUCUAGUCGAGACAGUUUCUCACUGA